AAUAUGAGAUGAGAUCAUAUCAAGAAAUGGUGGUGAAUGGAAUCAGGCAAAUGACAGAAGAGAAUCAUCAGCUUCAGUGGUUAAAGAACAGAGUCUCUGAGCAGCAAAGGCAUACUAAAGAGCUUGAAGAAUCCAAUUCCAUGUUGAAGGAAAAGCUGAAAAUGUUAACCAAGGAGAUGGAUAAUCUGAGACAUCAAGCAAACCAGCAUCAUGAGCAGAGCAUGGAAGAGGACAUAAUCAAAUUUAUGGAACAAUUCUACAAGGACCAAAUCGGAACAACUCUUGAAGGAAGAAAUGAAAACGAUGGAGAUAUUGAGAAUAUAAAGCAGGAGAAAUAUGAAGAACAAGAAAAUUUAGAGGAGUCAAAUGCAAAUCUUCCAAGCAUAAAUUAUUGCGAAAACAGUUCUGGAUGCAGAAAUCAGGAAAUUACAGAACAACACAAGGAAAAUGUAGGAAUGGCAGAGGGCUCUCAAUCGCCAGUAAUACAAGAAAUGAUAAAUAUAGCUCCCGUUAUGACGGAGGAAACAAUGAUUAGGCCGGUGACGCCAACUUAUUUCAGCUUCUGGUAGUGAAGAACGCCAUGAGUACAUAGAGAAGUUGAGGCAAAAGCUAUUGGGAAAAAUGCCGUUAAUUGGGUUAUUGGGCAAGAAGAGGAAGUCCUAGUAAUACCAGUAACAAAUUGGAAGCACGUUUCAAAAUGACACGAUGUCGUAUUGUUUGGACAAUGUAUUCCAUAUUUUCUCUGCUUAAUUCAUAAUAUGUGAAACUAAUAUAUGUAAAAAUUGUGUUUUAUUAAUUAUUGUUUUAAGUGACAGUUAGCGGUUUGGGUUUCAAUAUCAUAUAUGAAAAUAAAAACACCAUAUAAAUUCAUCAA